GACGAGUUCGGAUGUGUGUCUGAGUGAGUUAUAACUUAAUGUUAAGCCGAGGUGUUAGCGUGCUUUUUCUUUGAGCUGUGACUGUCGAAUUUUCGAAAUAGAUCUCUUGUAAAUCUAACUUUGUGAGUUUUCUUUACAGUUAAUGAUUGUCAAAGGAGAGAGAUUACGUAUUGGCUGUCUUGGUAGCCAUCUUGUUUGUUUUCUCUUUUGACGUAGUAGGUCGUAUAUAUGCGACGACUGCUUACUUCUAGUUUCAUUACAUUUCCACUCCGAAAUUCAUCAGCUUCUGUGAUGAUAGCAGUUGGCAGUCGCCGAAGGUUGACUUUAAAUCUUCCAUCUUCAGGAAUUUCAACAAUGACCAAUACAAUUGUGUCAAAUAUGGUGGAAAAUGUUCAAGAUUUGGAUGGACCUCUUUUGGAAUCAAAAUCAAAUUCACCAUCAAAAGGUAAACCUAAAUCACCUAGGAAUUCUCCACGUGGCAAACAGUUCGAUUUCGCCCAUGAGUGGGAGAAAAACAGAGUUAGGUUUGGACACAGCAGUUACAUUUCACCUAGGGGCUCCCCUAAUGGCAAGUCAAGAGGAACUCCGUCCAAGAGCCCCAGACAAUCGCCAUCAUAUUCAGAACUUUAUGCAGGGUUUAGUGAUUCUCCAGCGCCUGCAGCUCUCCCUAAGCCACCGUCCCAUUGGAUGACUUCCAUCCAACAUAUGAGUGCUUGCAUCAAUCAUUCCUGCUCCAGUGAAGCAGCGAGGUUUGCACCGAAUAUGAAACUGCUGCUCAAUGCCCAAGCUUAAGUAUCUGCCAUGAAAUCCACCAUUUAGUAUUAAGUUAUUGCUUCAAUAAAAAUGUAAUGAUAAGAUUUUUAAUUUUUUAUACAUAGAUUAUAUAAGGUGUAUGUUUAUAUAUACGCUUAUAGAGCAAAACAAUGUAUCCUAUUUAAUGUCUUUUAGGCCUAUAAUGAUGAAGCCCUUCCUUAUAAUCACAAUACACAAGUAGGGUAAGUCUAAUGUGAUCAAAUCAUUGUGAUUAUCUUGUAUAAAUGUGAUUUUCAAGUUUUAAUUAUUGACAUAGUGAUAAACAUUGUUUUGCUCAUGUUAUAACUUUGCUCCGUUAGCAAAGUUGAAUGAAAUUUUAAAGUCAGUCAAAUUAAUGUUUUAUCUAAAACAUUGCCUAUAUGUGAUAUAGUUCGGCAUGUUUAUUUUUAUUUGGUUGUUAUGUAGAUUAUAAAAAAAACUGUGAUGUUUGCCCACUUUGCAAGAUUUUUUUUUCAAAUAGUCUUGUUUAUUUCUAGUACU